ACUUGUGGUCGUACACGCAUCCCUGUUUUAGGGAAACUUGGGACUUUUGAAACGUGUUCCCUGAGACGAAUUCCUCUUAGGAACUUUUCAGAAACACCAGCCUAUUUUGCUUCAAAGGAUGGUGCAAGCAAGGAUGGUUCUGGAGAUGGAAGCAAGUCUGUCGGUGAGGGGAGUGGUAAAAAGUCCAGCUCUGGAAGCUCUGGGAAAGGAGGGAACCAGCUGCGCUGCCCCAAGUGUGGCGACCUCUGCACCCACGUGGAGACCUUCGUCUCUUCCACACGUUUUGUGAAGUGUGAGAAGUGUCACCAUUUUUUUGUGGUGCUGUCAGAGGCAGACACAAAGAAGAGCAUCAUUAAAGAGCCCGAGUCAGCAGCAGAGGCUGUGAAAUUGGCAUUCCAGCAGAAGCCACCGCCUCCACCGAAGAAGAUUUAUAACUACCUCGACAAAUAUGUUGUUGGUCAGUGUUUUGCCAAGAAGGUGCUUUCAGUUGCUGUGUACAAUCAUUACAAGAGGAUCUACAACAAUAUCCCAGCUAACCUGAGGCAGCAAGCAGAAGUUGAAAAGCAGACUUCUCUAACACCAAGAGAAUUAGAAAUCAGAAGACGGGAGGAUGAGUACAGAUUUACAAAGCUGCUGCAGAUCGCUGGAAUCAGCCCACACGGGAACGCUCUAGGAGCAUCGAUGCAGCAACAAAUGAACCAGCAGAUACCUCAGGAAAAACGGGGAGGAGAAGUACUAGAUUCACCCAAUGAUGACAUAAAACUUGAAAAAAGUAAUAUUUUGCUGCUUGGACCAACUGGAUCAGGUAAAACCUUGCUGGCUCAGACUCUAGCUAAAUGCCUAGAUGUACCUUUUGCUAUCUGUGACUGUACAACCUUGACUCAAGCUGGCUAUGUUGGUGAAGACAUUGAAUCUGUCAUUGCAAAACUCCUGCAAGAUGCCAACUACAAUGUAGAAAAAGCUCAGCAAGGAAUUGUUUUUCUGGAUGAAGUAGAUAAGAUUGGCAGUGUUCCUGGUAUUCAUCAGUUACGGGAUGUUGGAGGAGAAGGUGUUCAACAAGGCUUGUUAAAAUUACUAGAAGGCACAAUAGUAAACGUUCCAGAAAAGAAUUCUCGUAAACUACGUGGAGAAACGGUGCAGGUUGACACAACAAACAUCCUCUUUGUAGCUUCUGGUGCUUUUAAUGGUCUUGACAGAAUUAUCAGCAGGAGGAAAAAUGAAAAAUAUCUAGGAUUUGGGACACCAUCUAAUAUGGGAAAAGGCAGAAGGGCUGCAGCAGCAGCUGAUCUGGCAAACAUCAGCGGGGAGUCUGAUCCCCAUGAGGAUAUUGAAGAGAAGGAUCGCCUGCUGCGGCACGUGGAAGCCAGAGACCUCAUUGAGUUUGGGAUGAUCCCAGAGUUUGUGGGACGUUUGCCCGUUGUGGUUCCUCUGCACAGCCUAGAUGAGAAAACCCUCGUGAGGAUUCUUACUGAGCCACGAAAUGCUGUGGUUCCCCAAUACCAGGCACUAUUCAGCAUGGAUAAGUGUGAACUAAAUGUGACUGAAGAUGCAUUGAAGGCUAUAGCCAGACUGGCCCUGGACAGAAAAACUGGUGCAAGAGGUCUUCGAUCUAUAAUGGAAAAACUGUUGCUGGAACCCAUGUUUGAAGUGCCCAAUUCUGACAUUGUAUGCGUGGAAGUUGACAAAGAUGUUGUAGAAGGCAAAAAAGAGCCAGGAUACAUUAGGGCUCCCACAAAAGAUUCAUCUGAAGAGGAGUAUGACUCUGGCGUUGAGGAGGAAGGCUGGCCUCGACAAGCCGACGCUGCCAACCAUUAAAUGCUGUCAGAACGCUCCGUGCAAAACGCUCUUGGUUCUUCCCUUACGAUUGGCUUCAGCCUGACCCUACAGGCCUCGGAUCUCUCUCGGCUCUGAUACGUGAUGAGGAACUUUUCUUAGCUAAAUCAGAUCGUGUAUUUUGCUGCAACAUCACAGUGAUUUAUUUGGCGGCCGCCGCGUGGACGGGGAUGGCAUUAACGUUCAGAUAUGAAUUGUACAUGACACUCGUUCAAUUAAAAUGUCUAGCAAACAC